GCGAAAACACGCUGUGCAAUCUCCGCCGUAUACGCCGCCGCCGCCGCCGACGGUUCGCGCUCAGUGUACGCCGCCGCCGACAGUGUUAUCAUCGAAAUACGACGCCCCCACGUGUCUGCGUGUCGCCGCCGCGGACGAUUUUUUUUUUAUUUUCUAUUCGUUUGCCGUUCGUCGUUCCGAUUCCGGUCCGCGUUUCGUCCGUUUGCCCCCGUCCGCCCGACGUGUCCCGCUCGCUUUCGAUCCUUUCGAUCCGAUCACUCCAUACCGCGUCGCCGUCUCGUCGAUCUUCUCAACUCUCACUGUCCGCCUAUCGUUAAAAUCCUAUUCGCGCACGCACUUUCGGUAUCUCUCUCUCUCUCUCUCUCCCUCCGUGUCCUUCGCAGCGAUCCCGUCGGACUCUCGAUUACGCGCGCGCCAAACGAUCCGACCGUCACACACGCGCGGGACAUGACUUAGUGGUCUAGCCACGGACGGCAUAACAACGUUGAAAGGGUCGCCGGAACCGUUCGCCGGUGCAACCAGUGCAGGUAUCACGACUGCCGUCAUACCGACCGAUACCGCGCAAGCUCAUCGCAGUAGGCGUUUGGUGAUCGGUUACCACGACCGCGGCUUACAGCAACAGGAGCAACACGUGAUCGCCACCUCCGGCACCGCCGCCACCGGUUGCGACUUGUGCGACAUCAGCGAUCACCGGCACGUCCACCACACCGGCGUGUCCGUCGCGGCGACCACCGCCGUCGUCGAAAACUUUACGGUUCAGCUGACUCCGCAGUCGCUAACAGCGCCGCCGCCGCUGCCACCUCCGCAGCCGCAGUGCUCUUGCUACGCGUUUCCGGCGGACCAGCACCAGCCGAUACGCUCGUCGAUCGGACCCGUACGGUUUCGCGGUAACUGCAGACUGGCCGUCAGGACGUUGCCGUACCCGCAGCCGCAACAGCUUCCGCUUCCGGCCACCGGCGUCACGCGUAACCACCACAUCCACCACCACUCCCAACUGGCGGACGGCCUCUGCCACUGUCGCGUCGCCACUGCAUUGGCCGCCAAUCAGCACCAGCACCAGCUGUCGCACCAACAGAUGCUAUUCGUCCCGUUUUCCAUGCCCGCCAACUACGGCAAUCACAUCGCGUGCCCGGCACAGCCGUCUGCCACAGCCGGCGGCGGGUCGGCAGCCGCAGCAGCCGCGGCGGCCGCCGCGGCUGCGGCUGUAGCCACGCUGUCUAACGGCGGUAACCCGAACGCGGUCAGCCCGUCAGCCGCAGCCACGGCCAUCGUCAACGGCAACGCAGCGGCCGGACUUAAGGAAAUGAAACUAAACUGGGUAUCGUCACCGGGACCUCAGCUGAAAGCCGACACAAGUAAACACCAUCACAUUUUUGUUGGUGACCUGAGUCCUGAAAUCGAGACGCAAACACUGCGAGAAGCUUUCGCGCCUUUUGGUGAAAUAUCGGAUUGCCGAGUAGUACGAGAUCCACAAACGUUAAAAUCAAAAGGCUACGGCUUCGUGUCAUUUCUGAAAAAAGCUGAAGCCGAAAGUGCGAUCGCUGCGAUGAACGGUCAAUGGCUAGGCAGCAGGAGCAUAAGGACAAAUUGGGCGACCAGAAAACCACCGACGUUAAAAACCGACUCCAACACAAAGCCGCUGACGUUUGACGAAGUUUACAAUCAGUCGAGCCCGACCAACUGCACCGUGUACUGCGGUGGACUGACCAGCGGACUCACAGACGAACUGGUGCAGAAGACGUUCGCUCCAUUCGGUAACAUCCAAGAGAUACGGGUGUUCAAAGACAAGGGUUACGCAUUCGUCCGAUUCGCCACCAAGGAAUCGGCCACGCACGCUAUAGUGGCCGUCCACAAUUCGGACAUCAACGGGCAGCCGGUCAAGUGUUCGUGGGGAAAAGAGUCCGGUGAACCGAUCGUGUCGCAAAACGCGUCUCAAGUGUGCUCGUCACAGGCGGCGCUCAGCAGCACACAGUUCCCGUACACUGCCGCGGCGUACGGCCAGCAACUCGGUUACUGGUAUCCACAGAGCUAUCCGGCCACACAGCUACAGGGACAAUUCCUGCAAGGCGUCCAAGGUUACACUUAUGGACAAUUCGGCUAUCAACAAGGAUACCUUGGCCGGAUGGGAAUGCAAGCACUGCCGACGGGAGCGACAACCGCGUGGACUCAACCAGGGGCCCUACAACCGGGCCAGCAGAUCGCAUCCGCCGUAGCGGCUCAACAGUCGGCGCCGGCACCAGCCCCGCCACCUGCCGCUGCUGCCAUGAUACCGGCCUAUCCGACGCUCCACCAGUUUCAGGUAAAACAACACCCCGCACCUGUGCAGGCGUCCGCGUGGCCCAUGUAUGAUCACCUCCACCACCACCAUCACCACCUCCACCACCAACACCAUGGUGGUUACGAGGCCAACGAGCUAUCCAUACUGAAAAUGGCCACCUCGUGAUCAGGCUCCACAGCCGCAGCCUCCACCGCCGCCGCCGCCAUCGCCGCAACAUCCACAGCCUCCACAGCCAACCGAUUCGACAGCGCUUAUCGUCCCACGACAUUGUAUUACGUAUCCUAAACCUCUAACGAAUAGUGUCCCAUUUUUCAGCUCGUGCAUAUUUUUUGUAUCGAUUAUUUUCGAAAAUACAAUACAUCAAUAUCGAUACGACGACGCGCAAAUUUUUAUCUCUCCCCCCCCUCUUCCUCAUGACGCGAUGAUAAACCACUCGUAAGAUCCUCACCACCCGCACACCUAUCACGCGCUUUCGUUAUUAUUAUAAUUAGUUUUUUUUUUUUUUAAAUUAUUAUUAUCAUUAUUAUUAUUAUUAUUAUUAUUAUUAUUAUUUACGCUAUUAUUAUAAAUACGAUACCGGUGGAUUGCAAACUCAAUGUACGCAUCCGGUAUUCAAUAAGAUUAUUAUUUGUAUUAUUAAUUAUAAUUAUUGUCUAUUAUAGUUUUUUUUUUCGAAUCUGACAAAUUCGAUAUGCACAUAGUUUUGAUUAAACGUAUAUAGUUAAUUUUGUAGACGAGAAUGCUCUUGACGUUAUUAUUAUUUACAAUUUUAGUAGAAUUUUUUUUUUUUUUUAUAAUUUUAUAUAUUUAAAUUGUUUUUAUACUGCUACGAGGCGAACAUUCGGCAAACCCCUGCGUAUCCCGUUCGGACAAACUGUCAUGUGAUCGCAUUUGAGUGUGUUUAGGUUUGCACAGGAAAUAGAUUCAUCUCACCCCCACUCCACCCACUACACCAAAAAAUAAAUCGCACCACCGUUGUGUUUAUUGUGCUUGUGAAAUAUUUUGUCGACGAACUUAACUUCGAUUACCCUCUCUUACGUAAUACUUAACUGUUAUGAUAUUAUGUUUCCGACGACGGCGAUUGCAAUAGUAUUGUGUUUUCAUUGCCAUUUCUUACUAUAUUAAGCAGUGAAAAAUUAUCAUUUUACGGUUUUAACCUAUGUGCCGUUCGACAAAUGAAAUAUUCAUCACUCGGAUCGUGAAAUCUAUAAUUUUUAUUUAUUUUUAAAUCCUGAAAACAUGCAAAUGCGUCAAACGUCCGUCGACGAUGCAUUGCAGUCGUUCGGUCGCCGUUUUUUUGAGUAUAUAAUUCAAUUUAUUGCUUCUCCCGAGAAAUACGUCCAAAAGUCACGUGUUUUGUACAAGUUCCUCGCACAAAAAAACCACAUACACAGUCCACACACACGGAAAAUAAAAAUAACUAACACACAUAUUGAUUAUUUACACGUACGAUGUAAUACUAUAUAAGGGCACUGAUAUGGUUUGCAGAUAGCCGACGAAGAGUGGCUUACGCCGAGCCUGCUGGUCUGAGGACGACUGAAUUCUGGAGCCCAAAAACGCGAUACGAUAAUUCUUCCAAACUCCGCCUUCUGCUACACACAUAGUCAAGCCAAUCAAAUUUACAAAACCCCGAAAGCCCUGCCGGUGUACCGAACGAAUUGUAAAUAAAUCAUUUGAGGCACCAAAAAAAAAAAAAUAAUAAUAAUAAUCAAUAUUAUAUAUAUUAUAUUAUACGAGCCGGUAUAUUAAUGUAUUAUUAUUCGUUUGUACGGUGUCGAACCCCCGAUGGGUCGCAUUCGGUCAUAAAAACAAUAGAUCGCUAACCAAAUAAAAAAA